AUGACAGCUUUCAUCAGCAAGAUCGCCGAUCAGCGAUCGAUCCUCGCGCAAUGCCGCAAUGUAACUCGCGACAUCAAACGCCACGACCGAUCCUCUUUUUCGCCUAGGCCGCCCAGUCGCUUUCUAGUCACAAAGCGGUCGCAGAACGAAGCUCACGAUUUCGGCCCUCCAAGGCCUCGCCAUCGCUUCGCAUGGGAAUAUAGCCUCCUAGUACGCCACUUUGCUCUUUGUCUUCCACGGUUCCACCUUCAAAAUCUCACAAACCCUAACCCUAACCCUAACCCUAACCCUAACCAAAAGUCUCCGAGCAUCCAUCAAUGGAGGCUGAUCCGCAAAACUCCGACGAGAGACCCUUCCGCCUUUUCUCCUCCAAAUCUAGACCUCCUCCCCAAUCCUCUUCCCCUGCCGCUCCCUCUCUCCAACCCAACUUCCAUCUCUGACCAUGCCGGAGGGACGGCCACCAUCGCCUCUCCGACCUUUGGUCUUUCCCCAGUGGGCCACCCUCAACAUGCCGCGAGCUCGGCAUGCGUUGCCCCCACCGAUGUCCAGCGCUGCUGCAUCCCCAGGAUUCUCUCCGGCUCCAAUGUCACUGCCGUUGCCCUUACCGGCAGCGGCAAGACAGCAGCCUUCGCCCUCCCUAUUCUCCACCGCCUCGCGGAGGAUCCUUUUGGUGUAUAUGCCCUUGUACUCACCCCGACCCGUGAGCUCGCCUUUCAGCUCGCGGAGCAGUUCCGCGCGCUUGGCUCUUUCUCUCAAUGUGCGAUGCACUGUUGUUGUGGGGGCAUGGACAUGACUGGCCAGGCCCUGGCUCUAGCGCAGCGGCUGCAUAUUGUAGUUGCUACUCCUGGGAGGAUCAAUGUUCUUCUUGAAAAUGACCCUGAUUUGCCUGCUGUGUUCUCCAAAGUCAAGUUUUUAGUUUUGGAUGAAGCGGAUAGGGUUUUAGAUGUUGGUUUCGCAGAGGAACUCAAAGUUAUUUAUCGAUGUUUACCUCGAGAUAGACAAACUCUUCUAUUUUCUGCGACUCUGACAGAUGACAUGGAAGCUCUUAAUGAGAUUUCUGGAGAUAGAUCUUACUUCUAUCGUGGAUACAAGGGAUUUAAUACGGUUGAUUCCCUAAACCAGCAUUACAUAGUGACACCUAAAAAUGUGAAGGAGGUUUAUCUUGCAUACCUUUUGUCAAAAAUGAAGGAGAAGAGCAUCCGCUCAUCAAUUAUAUUUGUAUCUACAUGCAGAAGUUGCCAUCUUUUGAAUUUGUUAUUGGAAGAGCUUGAGUUCUCUGUAGUGGCUCUGCAUUCUUAUAAAUCUCAAUCAUUAAGGCUUGCUGCAUUGAGUCGAUUUAAAUCUGGUCAUUCUAUCUUGCUUGCCACCGAUGUAGCCAGUAGAGGUUUGAUAUUCCAACAGUUGAUCUUGUCAUCAAACUAUGACAUUCCGAGAUUUCCUCGUGAUUAUGUUCACCGUGUUGGACGAACGGCAAGGGCUGGCCGAGGGUGGACUUUCCAUAAGUUUUUGUUACUCAGGGAUUUGCAUUGGCCAAAUGACGAGCGCCUUGUUAAAGUGAUAGAGGAUGAAAUAGGAAAGAAAUUGGAUGCAUAUGAGUGUAAAGAGAAUGAGGUUCUUGAAAAUAUAACUAAGGUAUUCAAGGCUAGACGUGUCACGAGAAUGAAAAUGAUUGACGAUGAAUUUGACGAGAAAGUCCAAGCCAGGAAAGAGCAGAAGAAAAAGCGGAAGCUCUUAGAAUCAUAAAAAUGCUCAUUACUCACCAUUGUAUUUAAUUCUUCCAGUCUUAUAUUUAUAAUAAUAAUUAUUUAUUUAUUUUUAAAUUUUCCUUCAUUGCCCUAAAUGAAAUAGGUCUUCAACUGGAAAACAAGCUAAUGCAUUGCAGAUGGGUGUGGAUAUAAUAUUGAUCAAAUGAGGAGUUGCUGUUGUAUCAUAUCAAACAGAGUAGCCAGCUAUUUUUGUACUAUUGGUUGAAUAUGAAAUAUCUUAUGAAAGACAAAAA